CGACGGUACAAAACGUUUCGACGGAACAACGGGAUGUGGAAAACGAAGCCGCUUCCACGGGUGCUCUUCCUAUGCUUCGGAGAGCUUUCUCCAAGGUUGCUAAUCCCGAAACAAAUGCCGUUCCCCGUGAAAAUUUACAGAAGACAGUUAAAUCAAGCUGGCAUUCCCAACAGAUGAAGGAAAACAAAAACUUGAGAGCACCUUUGCUUGCGAUAUCAUGGGAAGAUCUUAGUGAUUGAAUACUCCAUAAAAUGCUGAGGAUAAUUACUCAUUACUCUUCGAUUUGCAAGUAUGCGUAGAAGACAUGAGCAAUGCUUUAGUUUAGCUUACAAAGGUCAAAGUGAUGCCAGCAACAUUCCCAAGUUGUUCCCGGUACUGUUAGAUCACUUGGGCCCAUCCAUAGUUGAUCAAUUUUUUACGCCUGCGAAAGGGCAAAUAACUUGGGUUGAAUUUGUGAGAGGUUAUAAUAAUUGCUGUGCAAGGAUGUCUGCGUCUGUGUCACUGAAUAUGCUUCUCAGAGUAUUGCGUUUAACAAUAGGAAGAGCCAAUAUGCCUAUCAAUUUGGAGAUUGAAUUUGACGAUGCUGAUUGGAAGAUAAAUGGGUUCCUUAUUCCCAGUGAUGUAAUUUUGCUUCUCCUCAUGUGUUGGUCUAUGUCAUGGGACUGUGGAAGUUUGAAACAAUCCGAAUGCAAAGUAAGUCAUAGCCCACCAGAUUUGAAUCAUCUGGUACUAUCAGCCAUUACAUCAUGUGCGAAAGUUGACAGUGGCUUGAAUGUGUGGGAUAGUGAUUUCUCAAGCUCGGAAGUUCAAAUUCCUGCAGGAAAGUUUGUUACAUGGGUUUUGAGCACAGUACCUUGCCUCUCAGAUUGUUUAAAUCAGUUUUUUCAUGCAAGACUGCAAAAUCAAGCCACUGCAGGGGAUGAAUCGGUGCCCUCUAAUUCCUCAGUUGGGGAUGUUUCAUUGACAACAGAAUGUGAUAAUAACAUUUUAACCCGCGGAAGGGCAUGGGCAAUUGGUCUUACACAAAGAAGUACAAUAAAUGAGGAGAUCUCAGGAGUGUGUUUUUCAAGAAGUGAAGAUGGAAUGGAUGAAAGACUACUUUAUAGGUCAUCUGCUCAUGGGAAAGGCCUAAACAGAUUUUGGUCUCAUGUUGAAGGUUACAAAGGUCCAUUGCUAAUUUUGGUUGCAGCAAGUUCAGGACAAUCCCAUGAAGGAAGCUCCAUUGUUAGGAAAUGGGUUAUAGGUGCACUUACAAAUCAGGGUUUUGAAAAUAAGGAUCUGUUCUAUGGAAGCUCAGGAUGUUUAUAUGCUAUAAGUCCAGUUUUCCAUGUAUUCCCACCUUCUGGUAAGGAAAAGAAUUUUGUUUAUAGUCACUUGCACCCUUCUGGUAGAGCAUACGAGCCUCAUCCAAAACCUGUGGGAAUUGCAUUUGGAGGAACUAUAGGAAAUGAGCGAAUAUUUAUCGAUGAAGAUUUUGCGAGAGUGACUGUUCGUCAUCAUGCUAUUGACAAAACUUACCAGCCUGGUCCUCUCCUUCCAGACCAGGGUUUUCUGGCUGUCGAAGGCUUGGUUUCAGAAGUUGAAGUUUGGGGACUUGGAGGGCAUGCGGCAAAGAAGGUGCAAGAUUCCUAUAAGAAGAGAGAAGAACUUUUCACUGAGCAAAGACGAAAAGUUGACUUGAAGACAUUUGCGAGCUGGGACGAUUCACCUGAGAAAAUGAUGAUGGACAUGAUGUCUGAUCCGAACGCUGUUCGAAGGGAAGACCGGUAAGCUGGACCCUAUGAUUUCUUUUAGCAAGAGCUAAACUGAAUGAUCACACGUUAACCUAUGAUAGCUCGUUGUUUGGAAAUGUGAUCCACAGAUUUCUCUACAGUUUUGAGAAAUUUUGUUGGCGUGAUAUAUAAUACGCACGUAUACGUGUAUGUAUAAUGUAAUUUUGUUACCAUUUUCUUUACAAGCACGAAAGCACGAUAUGCUAAUGAAAACUGUAAAGCCUGGUCGCCUGUGCAUUUUCACCAGAGCCAUGUGUAUUUUUUCAAACAAAUAAAACUAUGGAUAUAUGUAAGCGUUCUUAAAUUUUAAAUUUA